AUAGUCUGCAGAUCAGACUUCAGACUGUAAGAAACUUUUACAGAGUUCAGACCAGAGUCCAGGUCAGAGAUCUCCAUCAGACCAUAAUGAAGUCUCUCAUCAUUUUUCUGUGUCUGGUUCCGGUCCUCUUGAUCCUCCCGGUGUUCUCUGUGCGUGUCUCGGCGGGUCCAGGCUGCGGACCGUGUGACCCAGCUCAGUGCGCUCCUCUCCCGGCGGAGGGCUGUUCCGCCGGAUCACUGCUGGAUUCCUGCGGCUGCUGCUCGGUCUGCGCCGCUGCGGAGGGGGAGCUGUGCGGCGGCCGCCGCGCGGCAGCGCGCCGCUGCGGCCCCGGACUGGAGUGCGUCAAAAGCGACGAGGACAAGAAGAACAAGUUGGGAGUUUGCGUCUGUAAAACCAACUACGAGGUCUGCGGGACCGACGGGCAGACGUACAGGAGCGGAUGCGCACUGAAGAGCGCCAGCCUGACAGCCCAGACCGAGGGCAACGAACCCAUCAACAUCCAGAACAAGGGCCGUUGCGCCACAGCCCCAGUCAUCGUCACUCCUCCAGGUGAAGUCUACAACGUGAGUGGCUCUCAGGUGUACCUGAGCUGUGAGGCGGUGGGGGUGCCCACACCUGUCCUCACCUGGAAGAAGGUCCUCAGUGGGAAGAAGAAGAUGGAGCUUCUUCCUGGCGACCGAGACAAUCUGGCAAUUCAGACCAGAGGAGGACCGGAAAAACAUGAAGUGACCGGCUGGGUGUUGAUCUCUCCUCUGACCAAGGAAGAAGAAGGAUCAUAUGAGUGUCACGCCACCAACUCUAAAGGUGAAGCUUCAGCUGUGGGAGCCAUUCAUCUGGUCCAGUCCAUCGAUGACAUCAUCAUCAAGACAGUGACGAAAGAAGAUGAACUGUGAUCAACUGAUCAGAGAUCAAUGAAGAUGGUCAUCACAGGAAAUAGCUGAAGAUCUUUUUUUUUAAUUAACUUUGAGUGAAAUAUAUCUGAUAGUAAAACUGAUCUUUCUUUAUUUUCUUUCUUUGGUUCUGAAACACUUUGUUUUAAUUUUAGUUAAAAGUUUGUAGUUUAGUCGUUUAUGAGUUUAAUGAUUCAGUUUCUGUUAUAAAGGUGAGAUUCAGUUCCUCCUUUCAACAGAAAACACAUCUUUCUGGUUUCAAACUUUUUGUUAAAAUGAACAUUUCUUCUUUUAACGUUUUAUGUUUUUCAUCAUUUAUUGUUUUCACCCUCUGAGCAGCAACUGAAAUCAAUCCCACUUUUAUUUUGGAAAUACUGUAAUCUGAUUUGAAGAUUAAAUCACUGAUGCAGGUCACCAUAAUAACAGCACCGAUGCUUCACUGUGUAAGUUUCCUGGAAAUUUAACGUGUCGGCUUCAUGUUGGAAUAAAAACCUGAAACACGCUAACAUUAAA